CCAAAAUACGAGUGGAUAACGCUUCAUUUCCAACGACCCGGUCGGGAUGAGCUCAUCGGUAUCGGGACCAGAUGAUCCUGGGGGUCGAUUUUCCACACACCCAUUGCAAUACGGCGUUCAAGCUCUCUAGACAGUAAGAUGGUGACACAUAUUCGUGAACGGUGUUUUUAAUUGUCUAUUGGCCCAGUGGUUUGUUUGUUGGCUGUUUGAUUGCGUAUGGUUUUUCCCGACUUUUCCCGACGUGCGCCACCAAUACAGGUGCAGAUGCAGUGCGACCGAUACAGCAACCGAACCGAAGGAAUAGUAUGGGAGAAGGAAAACUCAUAAUAAUCAUCUGUUUUCGAACGGCGGCUUUAACACACAAUCAAAAACAACACGUCAAGAUGUACGGCGGUGGCCGUGUUUAAGUAAAAGGUCUUACUAAAAAUCUGUACGAGUCCGAGUGGUUUAAUCGAUUGAGCAACGUUCGUUGCGUUUUGGUUUGUUCUUCUUCUACCGUGGAUUAGGACAGUGAAUAAUGCAACUCAGCACACGCAAGAAUCAUAGAGAAUAGCACAUUAGUCACUGUGGCACAAAUAAGGAUGCAUAUUUUCGAAUCAGAAACCCGACCAAGUGCUGUUCCCAUGUAGUGAAGCUUGUGCGUAUCAAUCCGCGAACUAAUAACGUCAGCGAGUAGAGAUAUAUGUACUUGCAUCUGUGUGUGUGUGUGUGUGUUUUGGUGUGGCGCAUUUUCCACAGCCCGGGCCAGGCAUGUGACAGGAGGUCGCCGCGCAUCGAGGGGCCACCGACCGACUGACGGGUGCCGAUAUGAUGGGUGGAAAUAACUUUUCAUCCGUUCGUCCGGCGUUGGAAAACCCUCGCACGACACCGCGCGACACCUCGUAGCGCGCAUGGAGACGCAAUUCGAAACCGGCCGCAGAAUCUCCGCAGCAUCUUCCCACGCCUGGUGAGAUACGGGGCGAGAUGCUGCCGUGGAGCAUCAGUUUUGCGGGUCCCCGCGUACACAGGCAGAGUGGAUGAAGCGUUUUUUUUUUGCGGACGGUGUGCUGUGCUCAACGCCAACUUUGUGCGGAGUUUGGCUGGGCAAUGGGAGAACUGUUUUAUUGCUAGCACCUGCUCAUUAGGUGCGAUCCUAGCAAUCGCUGAGGAACUGGUGCAAUCAGCAGUGGAAAGAUUCGGUACCGAGCAUUUCGCUUCCAGAUCUGCUGUGUGACGGUCGCAGUUUACACCGUGUAUGUGUCUGUGGGUGUCAAAGUUGGGAAGUGUUUCAGACCAUUUUAACCAACCAAUUUUACGAGGCUUUCCUCCAAAACUCCACAAGCCGUAGACGAACGUGGAAGAAAAGUUGCUAGAAGUUGGGACCAACCAUUCUCGAUGUGCUCGAACAGUUCUCGGACAAAACCCACUGCACUGGUAGUAUCUAGUCCAGCCGACACGGUGGCAGUGUGUGAAGGGCGGGAUGACGAAAUAGAGAAGCUCGUGCGAAGAAGAUAUUUCUGUACAUCAGUAGACUUGAGUUCCGAGACAGUAAUCCAGCCAUCAGCACACCGGACACAGUGAAUUCGUCUGUAUAUGUGUGUGUGUGUUUUCCGGUGUCGUCAUCGGACUGAAGUGGAUGUUUUCUUUCUAUUCCUUAGCGGUGUUAUUUUGCAAUUUUGAAAAACAUAUUGACCACAGCUGCCUCGCAGAGUGUUGGACGAAAGUUUUCCCUGUAAGAAAGUUCUCGAGCAACCGGAAAUCAGUACAGCGGUUCCAAACCACACCAUUGGUACAGAGACCAACAGUUGGUUGCUGACAAAGGUUCAGUGUGUGUGUGUGUGUAAGAGUAAAUACCGUCCAACCAUGCCACCGUCCUACUGUUCCGUAAAGGGUUGUACCAACAGUCGAAGCCCUUACUGCAGUUUGUACUGCUUUCCGAAGGAUGUUAUCAUCUGCAAGAAGUGGGUCGACUUUUGCAACCGUCCGGAGCUCUACAAAAAGUACGAUGAGAAUGGACCCGAAUAUCUCUACAAAAGUUCCCGCAUCUGUUCGGACCACUUUCAGCCGACGGAUUUCAACAAUCCCAAUCUCUUCAGCCAAGGGCUCAAGAAAGGCUCAAUUCCCUCGGUAAAUCCAGCGAGCAACGAAACAAAACCAAAUGGUGGUAAUGGCGGUACUAAUGGCGGCGGUGGUGGUGGUGGUGGGAGUGGAAGCAGCAAUGGCGCCGGGUCACCAAUCGAUGAGAAGCUCCUAUCGGCCGUGGCCUCGAUCCCGAACAUACACACCAACCUGUCGCUCAUGAUGGCGGCGGCCGUGGCUGCCGCGGCACAGUCCCAGUCAAACGCUAACCACCUGCUCAACAGUCUACCGACCAACCUUAAACGAUCCGUUUCGGCCAUGAGCGGUGGCACCAUGGUAGCAACGAGUCAGCCAACCUCGGGCGGUGGCACAACGACAACAACGCCCGUUUCAUCGAAGCGCAACCGUGCGGUACCGCCCCUGGCAGCGCCAACCGGUGCACUAGCCAACCUCAUCCAGCGCCAGCAACAGAUCAAGGAGCAACAGCUGAAGGAUCAGCAGCGGAAGGCGGCCGCGCUUGCUGCCGGUGGGCUCGUCAACGGGCAGGUGUCCAUCACACCGGCCAUCAUCGGUUCCGGUACGUCGCCAAACAGCAGCAAUGGUGGAGCGAUCUCGCUGGUGACAACGAAGAAAUCGAGUGCCAACAGCCAUAACAACAACAACAAUAACAACAACGUGACCAAUCACAACCACAACCAUCAUGGCAAGCUGAAUAGCAGCGGGCGAGGAGGGCGUUUGGAACAGCAGCAUCGGGACCAUAGCGAGUAUGGGUUGAACAUGGUCGACAUGGAUAUGACCGGUGGAGAAUCGUCUGAAGGUGACUCGAGCUACCAAAAUUCGGCCGACGAAGAUUACGCGUACCAUCAGAAGCUGAAGGUUGCCAAGGUGGAGGCGGUCAUACCACCGUCCCUCAAGUCCCAGCUCACCGUAACACCAGCAGCGGCCAACAACAACACCUCCAGUCCGAACAUUAACAACAACAGCAUCCACAACGUGAACGCGAAUGGUAAUGGCGUGGAGGAAAUGAACAUCGAUUACAAGGAGAAGUACGAGCAAACGCUGAAGGAGCUGUUCGCCUGCCGGAAGAUCGUGAAGAACCAGAACAAAGCGAUCCAACAGCAGCAGGUUGAGAUCGAUUUCCUGAACCAGCUGCUGAAAGAGAAAUGAUCCGAAGUGGAUAGCCGACGGUGCCGGAUCGACCAUCCCGCUGGCGCGAACGUGGACGGCGGUGUUCUGUUGGCCUGCUAGGAAACCUGCACCGUUGUAGAUACGCUUUAGGCGAGUGUGUGGUUAUUAGGCAAAUAAGGUUUCCGAAAGCGGACAGCAGUCUUUAGUUACCUUCUCUCAUUAUCACCUCGGGUUUCGAUAAGUACAGUGUAAAAUAGUAAGAACACAUUCCAACCAAUCCUGCAAAGAGGUGGUGUGCGUGACAUAAAUUAAAAAAAAAGAUACUAGAAUUAAAUGGAUGUGAGUGGUUGCGGUUUGACUAGUAAAUACCCCAGUAUAUGUACAUAGAAGCGAGGGGGGGGGGGGGGGAGCGUUUUGGUAAGGUUUGUGGGCAUUUAGGAAAUAGCGGAUGUUUUGCAAGAUUUAGAGAACCAUGACAUUUUUGGUUCCGAAGGGUCCAGUCCGAAUAAGUCGAUAUUUGAAGAAUGGUAGAAAAUAAUGUAACGAUAUAUUUUACAGCAAUUCCUACAAAAAUGCGAUGAUGGGUUUAGUGAGAAUAAAACAUUUGGUCAGUACUGUUUGUCCAACCAACCGUAGAGGAAGUUGUUAGGGUGUGGCGCCAAACUAGAGAAUAAUGUACAAGGUCCAUCUCCCAGCUAAGUAAGAUAUCGAUCAAUUACGGUGGAAAGUGUGAGACGUUUACGAAAGCAUUACACAAUACUACAAAUCGCCCUAUUUUCGAAGGUGUUACAUGCAAAAAAGAAAACAAACAGAUGGAACUAUACAAACAUAGAGUAACAUAUUUCGUAAGGUAGCUAAGAUAUUUUGGGAUUCUAAUAAACGUGUGAAUAGAAUGCAGGGCUAGACUAAUUUCGGCUUGGUGUAAUAUUAUAAAUGCACUAUUUAGUAUAACAACAAAUAAAUCAAACGCGUGAUGUAACAGUGCAACAGUGCAGAAAGUAGCAAAGACGGAUGAUACAGUCGGGAAAGCAAACGAAACAGAAUUAUUUUUAAAACACAACUACGCAGAGCUUUUUUGAAGUUAUAAACUGCCCCUUUUUUCUUGCUUGAGUCGGUUUCGGGAACGAGAAAACAGUGCUAAACUAGAUGCAAAUAGAACGGACAUACAGACGUGGUCAAAAAUGGAAACACAACACAGGAAAUAAAAAUGCGCCUUGAUAUUCAGAUUCAACCGAAACGGCCGGGGGGAAGGCUUCAGGAAUAAAUUCACUUUGUUAUUGUUGAAUCCCUACAGAAUUAAGAAACAGAAAGACUAAAAACAGGCAUGUGCGUUUGUGUGAGGAAGUAUUUUUAUGUUAUUUACUUGCAAGUGCAUAAUGUAAAUAUUUCCCAUCACUAUCGAACUAAUCCGUCUCAAAUUAAAAAAAAAACCCAACAACAGAAAGAGAAA